UCAAAGAUGGAAAAUGAGAAGGCCCAGGAAGACUUGGCAGGUGAAAUUGACUGCACCUGUGGGGACAAGAAAUGGGAGUGGAAGGUCAUAGAGAACCUGAAUCAGAACAUGCAUGCAUGGUGCUUGGGGAUCAAUACCACACACAGGCUUGUCUACCUUUUUUCUCAAUCUAAUUGUCUCGUUUUAUUAUAUUAAAUUAUGUACAAGAUGCUCAUAUAGACCUGUCAAUCAUGCAAUAAUAUAUCAACCAUCAAUAUAUCUAAACAGAGAUUGACUUAUCAGAGACAAGCUUUACACCAUUGCAUCAUCUAUACAUUAAUUCUCUGAUAAUAUUAAAUGCAUGAUGCUAAUUUUUGCAACUAGUCAUGUGAAAUGGUGUUUUCAUGACUAGUAAUUAUGAAAGGUAAAAGUCACUCCAUUGUGCAAAUGGAUUCUGUGACUCCACUUCUUGAUAUGAUACAAGCCCUUAUUCCUUUAGAUGGUGAACAAGAUGCUUGAGACAUAUGCCCAGAGGGAAUCCACAUUGAUUUGAGGAAGAUGGAAGAAGAUUGCAUGUUGACCAUAACCCCUUCUUUUGUCAAAGGACAAGAACUUAAAGUGGACAAGUAAUGGUUGGCCUCCAAACAAGUUGUGUUGCUUUGUUGGAGUCACUACUACCCUUCAUUGUAGAUUCUAUGCAAACAAGAUAAAAAAAGUUCCAAUCCAAUAGGAAAUUGCACAAAUUUUGCACCUAGCACUAUGAACAAAAUAAGGAUCAUUUGAAGAGUUUGUGCUUUGUUAGUAAUAUGGUUUUGAGCAAGAAAUGUAGAGUAAAAUCUGAUUGAGCAUUCCAUAAAACAUCGAAGAAAUGCUAAAGAAAUUAGUGAAAUGUACCAUUGUUAAUAAUCAAAUGUGCUUCUUUUAUUCUUUAAAUUAGAAUUGCAACACUUUCUAGAAAAUCCAAUUAUUUCAUCAAGUGAUUUGUGUUAAUUAUCUGCUUUCUAAUUAGAACAACAACACACUAACUUUUGCAAGUUUUAUUGUCAUUUGUCGCAAGUUUUCCGGACUCAAGUCAUCACAAAUAUUUAAUAUAAGAUUUAAUUAUGAAAUUUACAUCAGUAAUAAUAAAAUUCUAAUCCAAAAUGGCUUUGACAUUUAUUUGAUGAAGGGAUGUUUGUAGAAAGAUUUAUCAAGUACAAUAGCAUGCUUAUGUUUAACAUACACUUUGUCAUGUGUCUUUCUUUGUUUGCACUUCAUGCCAAUUGUAAGCACAGUAUGUUUAAUACAUUCCUGAGUGGUGACUGCUUAAGCCAAAAUAAUACUUGAAAACUUUUGCCAUCCAUCCUAGAUUAUUGGAGCUGAUAGUGCCACAUACUUUAUUUAAUGUGUGAAUUGAUGAUAACUUAUUUAAGAUUAUGAGCUAAGCUUGAAUUGUAUUGUGGACUAUGGAUAACAUACAAAUAUUGUUGGUUGUCAUUCUUAUCUAUUUACACAAUGCAUUCAUAUGUACUUCAAUGUCAAGAGAAAGGAAUCUUAGUCUAAUUAAAAUCAAUCCAUAUGGAAGCAUGUUGAUUAAUUAGGAUCCUAUCAAUCAAAUCCAAGCAACUUGCAACACUAGACCAAGGUCAUCUGAUAUAGACUUCAACCUAAGUCAUUAUGAUAUCAUUGGAUUUGAUAUAUACCUCAAGUCAAGUUAUGUGAUAUAGACUUCAUCUUUAUAACAAUGUCCUUUUUAUUUUAUUGGACAUGCCGAUGUUAGUAGUGCUCAUAGCGGGUCAAGAGACAUGCUUUUACAAUCUUCUUCUUUAUGCUGUUUCUCACAUCCCAUGAUUCUUCUCGUUAUGAAACAUAUACUCUAAAGAUGAUUGAAUUUUAGUUUUCUAAUAUUUUGUUAUUCUACUAGCGUGAAAAUUUAUAACUUGAGUAAUUCUGUGCUGAAGUAUUGUGUUGAACUUACAAUUGAAUUAAAAAAAAGGUUUAUUCUUUGAUGAUUUGUUAUAAGCCUUAGUAGUGAUACUUGAUCGUGAGUAUUUUUCUUCAAACAAGACAUAUGUGCAAUGUGCAUGUAGGUUAGAAUAAUACACAAAAGGAAGUGCAAUUGUAAUUGUUACUGUACCUAUGCAUGUUUGAGAAAUGUAUUACUAGAGUUUAUAAAUCACAACAAAAGUUCAUACUUAGUCAAACAAUCUAGUGAAAAAAUUUCAUUGCAGCAAACAAAACUACAAAUAUAGACAUAAUAAAGAUCAUAAAAUCUUAGCGAUGUUAUCAUUGUCGUUAUGGAUGCAGGGUAUUACUAUGCUUAAUAAACUGCUGCAACUUAAAAUUCCUAGUUAAAGAAAGCUAUGAUCAUUGGAAACUAUUGUCGUGUUACAAAAAUUCUAGCCCAAGAAUUACUGAUUAUUAACAGUAAAAUCCUAGCCCAAGAUAUAAAAUACUUCGAUUAGAAAUUACAAUACUAGAUGUCUAUUUAUGCAGUUGUCAGAAUGAUAGAAAUGAGUUGAGUUAAUUCUAUUUGUGAAUCAUGGAAACUCAAUAUAUUUCUAUCCCUGUAAAUUGUUUACUGUAGUGGGAUAAGACUGCAAUCUGAAAGGUCUAUGAACACCUAAUAUUUGGCAACCCACAGCUAGCUUAGCCAAUGUUAGGUUAAUUAUAAGAGUAUGGACAAAAUAUAUAUGCAUAUAUAUAUGUAUAAUGCCAAGGACAGUAAUUAUCCAAAGAAUGUCUUCUUCCUUAGCCACACAACUCACUCAAUUCUAAUAAUGUUAUUUUCACUAGGUGUCACAGUAAGCUCGUCAUCCAGAUUGUUGGCUUGUUCCUGAGUUGAAGGUUGGCAAUUAAAAUAGCUGCUAAGAGUGAAUACAAUACCUACAGAUGUAGUGGUUAGGCUGGGGUUUAUUAUUCUUGCAUGCACCUCCAUGGCUGUGAGAUGUUGGUCCUCACUUCAUGGAAAAUCAUCACAGAUGAAUCCAAUGUUCUUUGUGAUGGGGUUAGGUUGGAUUACUGCACUCCUGACAGUGAUAGCAUCAGCAACUUGAACUUGUUUUUGCUUGGAUACCCUACCGAGACUUGGCUGCUUGCUUGCACUCAGCAUGAGAGAGAUGCAUUAGUUUUGUUUCUGCAAGUCUGAGAAGAUGCCCAUGCAGCACAAGGAAAGGGCAGGAGACUUGAAAGUGAUGCAAGAGGAAGCCUGCAUGAACUCUUGGAUCUGCACUCAUGCAGAUUCUUCCCCAAUACACACCUUUCAAAACCUCACAGUCUUGUCAAGUGGAGAGAACCUGGUUCUCCAAGCAGGGGACCUCUGCUACAAUUCAAGGCAUGCAUGUGCAAGCCACAAGUGCCACCUCUCAAGCUCCUGCAAUCCCCAGCAGUCAGCAGUAGAGAAGUUUGGACACAUCUGCAGCUAUAUAUAUUGUUUGAAGAACAAAAGAAGACAAAGCAGGGCUUUGUUUUGCAUUUCUUCUGUUGACAAUGGAGGAGGAACCAGAAAGAAGCCUGCAACACACUGCCAAACAUGUACCAGUGCAGUGCCAAAAGAGCCUACAUAUGCCCUCUGCCCCACUCCAGCUUUCAACAGUAGUGGACUACCCUAUGCAUCACAGAGCAUACAAAGGAGUACCGGGCGCAGUGAGCGCAGUGAGUGGUAG